AUUUGACACUUGUCAAUCUGGUUACGUCCGCCAUCUUUCUUUCCGGAAAAGUUUUUGAAAAGGCGCCAAAAUGUCCUCCCACUUGGUUUGGAGCAUCAUUCGCAACAACAAUGCCUUCCUUGUUAAGAAGCGCAAUAUUUCAAAGCCUUUCAGCACAGAGGCCAACAACUUGACCAACCUGAGCUCCUACAGAUACAAUGGACUUGUCCACAAAAAGACUUUGUCCAUUGUUGAUGCUGCUGACAAAAAGGGAUUCACAGUUGUUUACAAGAAGGGAAAGAAACAGAACAAGCCAAGGCAUAACUUGGUGAAGAGAACCUUCAAAUCUGGACCAAGGAGGUCUCUAUACAAGCUUAAGACUAUGUUGCAGGCCAACAGAUACAGAACAGAUUUGACAAAGGCUGCACUCAGGAGAGCUAGUGCUGUACUCAGGUCCCAAAGACCCCAGCCCGCCAAGAAACAGAAGGCUAAGAAACCAGAAUAAGUUUUUUCUAUGUAAUAAGCUAAAAUAAAUGUUUAAAAAAAAGGUUUUGUUUGUUUUACUUUUUAUGUUUGAGGACAAAGGUGUUUUUAUCCAUUAUUUAACUAAUUAAACUAAUAUUACUGUA